UUGUAUGUUAUGUUCUGUGUGUCCAGGGGCCGCUGGGGGCGCAGUUGAGCUGUGUGGUGUUGUGUUGUGUUAAGGGGAAACAUGGCGCUGUUCAGGAGGAAGGUGCUCUCUGUGGGCUGUGUCGCAGCGAGCCUGCUGAGCACCACCAGCAGAGCCUGCCUCAGACUCGGCAGACUGCCGACUUUAAUUAGAAAGAACUGCAUUACUUUAGGCGUCUCUGGAGGCCUGUGUGCUGUUCCCUUUUUGCAGGAUAACAUGACCCAUGAAACCCUGAUCCGUAGAGCAUCGUCUCUGGUGACCAACAGUGCCAACACCUACCUUUCCCAAACUACACUGGCCUUACUGGAUUCUCUCACAGCGUAUACUGAUACAGUGCGCACCCUCAUAACUCUUCACAAAAGCUACGUGUCUAAUUUCCAAAAAUUUAACCCGACGCAGGAGGACAAAAUAUGGCAGAUGAUCGUCUGCAAGCGGAAAGAGGUUGCUAACCUAAGGGAGGACUGCAAAAAAUUUGAGACGCACUGGAUGACUGCGAUUAAACUCUCAGACAAGGCUGCUGAAGCUGCUUUUAAUGCAGGAGCAGAUCAAGCUUCAGCCACAGUCCACUCUAACUUACACACAGCACGGUCUCAAAUACAGCAAGUCAGACAGCUCUUAACUGAGGCAGAGAAAGAGCUGAAAGAGAGCAAAGCAGAGGAGAGCGAGAGACUCCAGCUGGAAACGCAGGAAGAGGAGGAGAUUCCAGAGGCCUAUCUUAGAGAGGACUAGUCCAGAUCAACAGCCACUUCAUCCCUGCUGUUCCACAGUUAUAUGGAACAAUAUAACAGCAGAAAUAGUUGCAUUUAUGACACUUCCAGUGGUACAAAGUUAAAGAGACAUACCAGUCAGCACUGUGGCAACACAGAAUGAAUAAAAAAAUUGCAGAAAUAAAAAAAUAAAGCAUUUUGAAAUCUUUAAAAGAUCAUGGCAACACUUUUUAUACAAUAAGGAUACAUUAUUAACCUUACUUAUGACAGAAUUAUUAUUUCACAAUUCAUUACAAGUUUCUAAAACUAAUGUCUCAGUUAAUUCCUUAGCAUUGAAAUUGUAGUAAUGUUUAAUAAUGUCUUAACUAGUGUCAGUUAAUAAUUAUUAUUUAUUAUUUAAUAAUUAAACAAUGUUUAUUACUAUCGAAAGUACUCUAUAUGAGGUACCCUUAUUGUAAAAUGUUACCAAGAUCUUUGUGUAUGAAGGAUAUUUGGGGUUGAUUUUAUAACACAUUGUUUGUAAUUGUGUUUGUAACUUUAAACAAUACAAUUUAAUUGUUAUUUAUAUGUAUUUGUUUUACGGUGAUUUUGCAUGAUAAGGGAGGGCUGAGUGUACCGGUUGUCACAAGAUAGCUGGUUUCUAACUUCUGUAUCUAAAGAAUGCAGUUUAGUUUAAUCUAAUUUGGUGGUUGGAGCUAAAAAAAUACUUUUUCUUUCCAUCUUUAAAGUCGUCAUAUUUAGUUUCUGAAAUAAAAAAGGUGUCCUGAGA